CGUUAAAAAAGCUAAAUGCCGCACAACAAAUAUAACAGGUGCAGGUGUCUCGAGCAGCGUUUUUAAGAUUUCAAGAUCAUUUUUAACCUGACAAAGCGUCAAAAAACGCGGCGCUUCAGCGCGAGACGCUGAGAAAAACAGCGAGACGCGGCGCAACGGUCAAAGACAUCCGUUUCGCGCUGCAGCGCAUGUUAACAAACGCGCACGAGGUGAUAAAAUUCACGGCGUAUUGCCGUGGCCGGAUGUUUUCAGCGAGAGGCGUUACUUUUCUAUAUGAUUUUUAAAGAGAUUUCCGCUUCCUGCUACUUUAAAAACGCUCAGCUGAUCACAAGCCGGUAUUGCUGAACCCAGACAGUCGAGUGUUGAAAAAACUCCACGACUGGAAUAAAUGAAGGGUUGAGCGGAGGCGGGAACGUAAACGGGCUCGUGCCAUGAACGUGUCAUUAUUUACUCAGACCACACUCGCGAGCGAGCGUAUAAACUGACCAAGAUUGGCAACACAGGUCUGGAGACUUCAGCAUGUCGGAACGAGGAGUGCUUCAGCAGCGACCGGGAGCGCCAUCUCCCCACCUGCAUCACCUCAGGUCGGUCACGAUUUCUUCGAGUCGCCCCUUUCAGAUGAACCUGUUCGCGACAUGGGAGAUUGACAGUUCAUCCCCGAGCUGCGUGCCCAGACUUCUCAGUCUAACUCUCAAAAAAUUAGUGAUUUUGAAAGAGCUGGACAGAGACCUUACAUCGGUGGUCAUUGCAGUCAAACUUCAGGGCUCAAAGCGAAUUUUGCGUUCAAAUGAAAUCAUGCUGUCCUCAGUUGGGCUUACAGAGACUGAUCUUCAGCUCACCUUCUCCUUGCAGUAUCCACACUUUUUGAAGAGAGAUGCCAACAAGCUUCAGAUCAUGCUUCAGAGGCGCAAGCGGUACAAGAAUCGCACUAUACUGGGCUAUAAGACUCUUGCACUAGGACUGAUAAACAUGGCUGAGGUGAUGCAGCACCCUACAGAAGGUGCUCAGGUGUUGGGUUUGCACACAACAGUGAAGGACACAGCAGUGCUUGUUGCUGAGAUCCGGGUCGAUUCUCUCUCCAGUCAGCCCAUCGACCCGGAGGGACCAAAGGCCAAACUAUCAGAUCGUUCACCAGACAUUGACAAUUACUCUGAGGAGGAAGAAGAAAGCUAUUCGUCAGAGCAGGAUGGCAGUGAUGACCCCCUACAGGGGCAGUACCUUUACGAUGACGAGGAUGAGCUGAGGAAGAAGAAACCUCGUCGUAAACUCCCUUCCACAGCCUCCAUCACCAGAGCUAAUCAACCCAACAUCAAACAGAAGCUUUUGGCAUUGGUGAAAUGGUUCAAAGUGUCUGAUGAGGUGGGGUUUGGUUUGGAUCAUGUGUCCCAGGAGCAGAUCCGGGAUGUGGAAGAGGACCUGGAUGAGCUCUAUGACAGUCUUGAGAUGUAUAACCCGAGUGACAGUGGCCCAGAGAUGGAGGAAACAGACAGUGUUCUCAGCACCCCCAAACCCAAACUUCGGCCGUUUUUUGAAGGCAUCUCGCAGUCCAACUCUCAGACGGAGUUUGGUAGUUUGAAUAGCAGGUGCAGCCUCAGCAAAGACAGACUGAGCCCUAAGAGCGAACAGCCUGUAUCUGUUAAAAUCCAGCGUUCCCCCAGUGCACAUCUGGAUGAUGUUUUCUCAGAGUUGGACUCACUGAAACAAAAUGAAGUGGAGGUGAUGGGAGACGGCACCCCUAGCAUCACUGUAUCUGUGGUGGAGAGGCCCCGGACCCCACAGAGGAGCAGUAACACCAACAUGCCAUCUCCCAGGCUGGAUGGCGGUCACACCCCCAAAAUGAUGCGAGGGACCCCAAUGAAAGAGAGACAGCUGUCCAAACCGCUCAGCGAGUGCACAAACAGCUCAGACAGUGAGAAAUCACCUGAGUUCAGCCUUACCCCUCAGAUGCCAAGGAAGGUAGUUUAUGACCAGCUGAACCAGAUCCUGCUGUCAGACAUCACCCUUCCCGAUAGCCUCAUCCUGGUGAACGGCAGCGAAUGGCAAGGACAGUAUGUGACUGAGCUGCUGCAGGCCCAGAAUCUACCGGUGGUUUGCACCUGCUCUGGAUCAGAAAUCCAGGCCGUCCUUUCUGCCCUACUCACACGCAUACAGAAAUUCUGUAACUGUAACUCUGUCAUGCCCAAACCGGUAAAGGUGGUGGCAGUUGGAGGUCAGAGCUACUUGGGAGCCAUCUUGAGAUUCUAUGUCUUUCAGCUGGCCAACAAGAUGUCUGACUGGCUCAGCCACAUGAAGUUUCUUGUGGUGCCUUUAGGCUCUCACCCUGUGGCCAAACACCUGGGUUCACUGGACAACCACUACAGUUCUUCCUUCCUGGACAGCUCAUGGAGAGAGUUAUUUAGCCGGUCUGAGCCUCAUCAGACUGCCUCAUCCUCUGCUGACUAUGUGGAUGUGGGGGGACGAAUUCUACAAUACAUCAAUGGAUCUACAGUCACUCAUCAGCUCCCUAUCGCUGAGGCCAUGCUGACCUGCAAACAUAAGACGCAAGAGGAUGAUUCUUACCAAAGUUUUGUUCCUUUUGUGGGUGUAGUCAAGGUGGGAUUGAUAGAGCCCAGUCCAGGAUCUCCAGGUUUUCAACCCACUGAAGGUGGCAAUUGUGAGGAGGGCAUGGCUUUCAACUUGGCGGUUCCCUCAACGUCUCCCCCUGCAUAUGGAUCACCCACUGGCAUGAUGAAAGAUUCUGCCACGCCGCCCCCAUCACCAUCACUAAGCAGUGGAUUGGCUGCUCUGGGAAGCCCCAGCAUGUCUCACGGCGUGGAUGCCAUUGGGCUGCAGGUGGAUUACUGGGUGUCUACAGGGAUUGAGAAGCGUAAAGAUGGAGAGCGGAGAGACAUGGGCAAUAAGAACACUUUGAAGUGUGCAUUUCGAUCCCUGCAGGUCAGCCGGCUGCCCAGCUUUGCAUCUAGUGAGCUCCAGUCUGGCUCCAACACCAUGUCAAUGACUGUAGUAACCAAGGAGAAGAACAAAAAAGUCCCAACCAUCUUCCUUGGUAAAAAGCCUAAAGAGAGAGACACUGAGUCAAAAAGCCAGAUCAUUGAAGGCAUCACCAGACUUAUCUGCUCAGCCAAGAAUCAACAAACUAGCCUCAGAGUGUCUGUAGAUGGAAUGGAGUGGAAUGAUGUCAAAUUCUUCCAGCUUGCAUCUCAGUGGCCCACACAUGUGAAGUACAUCCCAGUUGGGCUGUUUGGCUACAACAAACCAUCCUCCUAGUUACCUUGGGCUAAACCAUGGAAGUUUCAAGAUUCCUGAACCUGGUUGGCCUUAAUUCCAAACAGAGGGCCAAUUGUUCUACUUGAGGUGGAAAUGCUUAAUGUAGAUGAGAUACUAGAUCCAAAGUGAGAGAUCUAGAAAUCCUCACCAAAAAAAGAAACUCUCUGUAGUUGUUAGGAUAUUUGAUGAUGUGUUUGGCCUUUAGAGGUCCAAGACAAAAAGACUUCAGGAUGGAUCAUAAGUGAUUUGAGGAUGAUAUCUAUGAACUUUUUUUUUUGUGUGUGUUUUUUUGUGUUUUGUCUGCAAUGCAAUAAUAUCCAAGUUUUGUAUUAAGUUUAAAUGGCACUUGAUAUUAGUGAUUCAUUAUGUUCGUUUUCUCAGAUGAAGUUGUCAUUCAUUAGGUGUUCUUUUAUUGUAUGACUUAUUUUACAUCAAAGUAGAGUUUGAGUAAUCUCAAGUGAUCCAUACCUUACUGAAUAAUCUUGCACAUCCAAAGCUUCGUAAAGACACUUUUCUAUAAAAAAGCCUUUAAGAGACUAUUGAAUAUUUUUUUGUAUGUAUGAAGUAUACUGUCUUCUUGUAUUGAAAUAUACAGUAUAUUUGUUUGCGUA